AUGGCGUCCUUCAUUAGAUUUGUAUUGGAAAUGUUUGUUGUAUGGGUGGCUGUUUCAUUCAUCUUUGUGAUCCCCCUUGCAACAAUAGCAGUAGCAUCUCAAUCAUCAUCAUCAGCACCAGAAGCCAAGGCUCUACUCAACUGGAAGCCCAGUGUCCUCGACUAUUCCGAAUUUCCCGAUUCCUGGAAUUCAAAUGAUGCAAGCCCAUGCAAGUGGGAGGGGAUAGCUUGCAAUGCAGCUGGAAGAGUUACAGAGAUUAACUUAACUUCUGACUACCUCAAUACUGAACUCGGCAAUUUGAAUUUUUCCUCUUUCCAAUAUCUGCUUCGUCUGUAUCUUAGUCAUAAUGGAAUUAUGGGAACCAUCCCAGAAGACAUCGGUAUGCUUUCCAAACUUACCCAUCUUUACCUGUCUUGGAACAGUAUUUCAGGCAAGUUGCCUUCUUCACUAGCUAAUCUUACCGGUUUACUUGAGUUGGAUGUGUCUUGCAAUGAAAUAAGUGGAGAAAUCCCUCCUACCAUAGGUAAGUUGAGCAAUCUCAACUUCCUCUGCCUCUCUCAAAACAGGAUCAAUGGCUCAAUACCUCCAGAGAUAGGAGACCUCAAAAAUCUCAAUCAGUUGGACCUAGGAGGUAACAUGCUUUCUGGUUCAAUACCUACACAGAUUGGGAAUUUGAGAAAUCUAAAAGAGUUAUACCUUAGUGAAAAUGAGUGUACUGGUUCAAUCCCUAUAGAAAUUGGAGAUUUGGGAUGGCUGACGCUACUUGAUCUUUCGAACAACAAGCUAAGUGGUUCAUUACCUGCACAGAUUGGGAGUUUGAGGAAUCUAAGUGAAUUAGACCUAAGUAAUAAUGAGUUUACUGGUUCAAUACCUUCACAGAUAUGGAAUUUAAGAAAUCUAGAAAGAUUGGAACUAGGAAGUAACUUGCUUUCUGGUUCAAUACCUACACAGAUUGGGAAUUUGAGAAAUCUAAAAGGGUUGCAACUAGGAAGUAACAUGAUUUCUGGUCCAAUACCUACAGAGAUUGGGAAUUUGAGUAAUCUCACUGAGUUAGACCUAAGUAAUAAUGUGUUUACUGGUCCAAUCCCUACAGAAAUUGGAGAUUUGGAACAGCUGACGCUGCUUAAUCUUUUAGACAAUAUGCUAAAUGGUUCAAUACCUGCACAGAUAUGGAAUUUAAGAAAUCUAGAAAGGUUGGAACUAGGAAGUAACUCGCUUUCUGGUUCAAUACCUACACAGAUUGGGAAUUUGAGAAAUCUAAAAUGGUUGCAACUAGGAAGUAACAUGAUUUCUGGUCCAAUACCUACAGAGAUUGGGAAUUUGAGUAAUCUCACUGAGUUAGACCUAAGUAAUAAUGUGUUUACUGGUCCAAUCCCUACAGAAAUUGGAGAUUUGGAACAGCUGACGCUGCUUUAUCUCAUAGACAAUAUGCUAAAUGGUUCAAUACCUGCACAGAUAUGGAAUUUAAGAAAUCUAGAAACGUUGGAACUAGGACGUAACUCGCUUUCUGGUUCAAUACCUACACAGAUUGGGAAUUUGAGAGAUCUAAAUGAGUUAGACCUAAGUGGAAAUCAGUUUACUGGUUCAAUUCCGAUGGAAAUUGGAGAUUUAGAACAUCUGACGCGACUUUGUCUUGCACACAACAAUCUAAGUGGUUUAAUCCCUACACAGAUGGGGAAACUCCAUUUUGAUUCCUUGGAUUUGGAUAUGAGCUACAAUGAUUUGGAGGGUCCUGUUCCUGAUAAAAUAGCUUUGGAAACUCCACCAGAAAUGUGGAAUAAUAACAAAGGUUUGUGUAGUAAUUAUUGGAAGCUCCCAUGUAAAAGCAGUGAGAAAAAGAUUGAGAAAAGGCUUAAACUCAAGAUUCCCAUUAUUAUAUCUCUUUCUAGCAUCAUCAUACUUGUUGCAUUUGUAACUGUUAUUGUCCGGUUCCUUUUCAAACAAAAGUCAAUAAAUUCCAUCACUGAUGCAACAAGAACACAAAAAAAUGGAGAUAUAUUUUCCAUAUGGAACUACGACGGGACGAUUGCAUACAGCGACAUCAUGGAAGCUACAGAAGAAUUUGACAUCAAAUAUUGCAUUGGCACUGGAGGUUAUGGGAGUGUUUACGUAGCAAUGCUACCUACAGGAAAAGUAGUAGCUGUGAAAAAGCUUCAUCGAAAAGAAGCUGAAGAGAAAGCCUAUGAGAAUAGCUUUACUAAUGAGAUACAUGUAUUAACAAGAAUACGGCAUCGAAACAUUGUGAAGCUUUAUGGAUUUUGCUCCCAUCCAAGGUGUAAUUUUUUAGUUUACGAAUAUAUAGAAAGAGGAAGCUUAGCUUAUGUUUUGGGAAAUGAAGAAGAAGCUCUGGAAUUGGAUUGGAGGAAACGUAUAAAGGUCAUCAAAGGGAUCGCUCAUGCUUUGUCAUACUUGCAUCAUGAUUGCACACCACCAUUGAUUCAUCGGGACAUAUCGAGCAACAAUGUCUUGUUGGAUGCGGAUCUCGAACCUCAUGUUGCUGACUUUGGAACUUCUAGAUUUCUAAAUCCUAAUUCAUCCAACCGCACUAUACUUGCAGGCACAUAUGGAUAUAUUGCCCCAGAGCUUGCUUAUACAAUGGUUGUGACGGAAAAAUGCGAUGUUUAUAGCUUUGGGGUAUUGACACUAGAGACAAUUAUGGGAAGGCAUCCAGGCGAACUCAUCUCUUCCUUAUCAUCGUUGCCAAGAGAAAAAGAUAUAACACUUGAGGAUGUGUUAGAUCCACGUCUCCCACCACCAACACAAUUGGUAGCACGAGAUCUGACUUUCUCAAUGAUGCUUGGAAUUGCAUGCUUGCGUAGCAAUCCAAAAUCUCGUCCAUCUAUGCAAUACGUGUCUCUGGAACUAGGAAAUCCUAUGAACCCUGAUUGCAACACUUCCACACAAGUUCAUUGUGGUUAGGCAUUUCAAAAUAAAUUCAAAUCCAUAGAGUUUCAAGUAAGUGGAUCUCACUUUGCUCCGGUGUUUUCUUGUUGUAUUUAAGGUAUUGUUAGUUUCUUUCUUAGA